UCCUGUUACAUAAAGGGUUACAAAAAGUCUGACACUAUCACGCUGCACCCACAGCGGGAGGGGUCGGUUGGUGAUUUCCCCUAAAAAGGUUGUAAUGAAUUAAAAUUAUCGAUAUAAACAUAAAAAAUGCGAAAGUAAGUUUGCAGAAUUGAUAUGCUUUUACACGAAAACGGCUGAACAAAGGACGAAACUUUGGGUAGUAACUAUUUAGUAAUGUGUGCUUUGGGUAAGAAGCAAGCGAAGUACCAUAAAACAGCUAGUUGGUUACAUUUUAUAUAACUUGUUUCUUUUCAGGCUACUACUGGUGUAACAAUGCUCUCCUGGUGAUCUUCCUGUCGCCGCCCUUUGUGGAGAUCAUCAAGAUAUCCCUAGGCCACAAAGUGCCCCUCAUCUUCCCUUUCUUCUACUGGUUUCCCUUCGAUCCCUUCCAGCGAGGAUAUUAUGAAGUCAUCCUAGCUGCACAGACGUGGCAUGGUUUGAUCACAAUUUGGUUCAUGCUUUGUGGAGACCUGCUGUUCUGCAUAUUCCUGAGCCACAUCACGACGCAGUUUGACCUCCUUGCUGUCAGGGUCCGGAGACUGGUGUAUGUGCCCGUUGAUAAGCAACUCGUUGAUACUUAUCCUUUGGGGGAAUACUGCAAAGACUAUGCGGGACGGAACAAAGAAAUGAUAAAUAUAUUUGACGAUAACGAUUGGGAAGUGAAACAUCAAAGAGAACUGUCCGAUAUCAUUGUACGACAUCGAGCUCUUAUCAGACUGUCCGGCGAUGUGGAAAACAUGUUCAGCUUCGCGUUGCUGGUGAACUUCUUCAACAGUUCCAUCAUCAUCUGCUUCUGUGGCUUCUGUUGUGUUAUAGUAGAGAAAUGGAACGAGUUUGUGUACAAGUCAUUCCUGACGACUGCUUUAUCGCAAACAUGGCCUCUAUGCUGGUAUGGACAGAGACUGCUGGAAUCGAGUGAAGGACUGUCAGAUGCUCUCUACGAAAGCGGCUGGUACAGAGCCUCCAAGAGUGUGAAGAGUUCCAUUCUUAUUAUGUUACACAGGGCCCAAAAGGACGUGCAUGUGACUACGUAUGGAUUUUCAAUUAUUUCACUAGCCAGUUACACCACGAUAAUCAAGACUUCGUGGUCAUACUUCACUUUGCUACUAAAUAUUUACAAAAAGUGAUGGUACUACACACUAUUGCACAUAAUCAGUGUUAAAUAAACAAUGUACAACAAGCUUUGGUA